AUGGUUAAGAUCACCAAUGCCGUUGCUGCUGGCUCGGGCUCCAGCCAGCUUGCCCCUUCCAAGAUCGCCGAUUUGCGAACCCCGGAUUUCAAGAAGUCCUCCAUCACCACUACCCAAUCCAAGCUCCAGCAAAUACGCGAUGUUCUCGAGUCCCGCGAUGCUGGUCUGACUCUGCCCCUGCAGACCAUUGCCUUGUCCCAGCCCAAGCCCCAGCAGAAGCCUGUUGCGCUCCCUCGCUCCGAAUUAAAGACACGCCGGCCGUUACCUUUCGAAGGCUCCUCCGAUCUGGAAUCGUUGGAAGCAUCUACAUACAUCUCAAAGACACUGGAGUCUCAAUUUGUUGAUCAGAUUGAGCUUGUCUGCAAAGAGAAGGAAGCAAGCACUUGGCAAUUCAUCUCUGCUGCUUUGCAGAGCUUCUUCUUCCGAUAUGCCAACGGUGAUCUCGCCGUGGUCCUGCAGGUUCAGGAUCAAGCUGAGCGUCCCCCUAAGGUUCCUGCUGCUCUUUGGACUGUUCUUCAAUGUGAGGACUGUGCUGAGCACGAUGUCUUUGGUCUGGCUGCCAAUAUUAAGCGCUCCAGUGGCUGGAAAACCCAGGAGCUGAACACUGUCCCUCCUGCCGAGAUGGCCCAGGUGGUUAUCAAGUACCAGGUAGGACAGACUGAGGUUCCUUCUCUGGGUUUCCAGUCUGAGUGGGGAAUGCAAUUCCACCUCAUUGAAACUUCUGCUGGUGUUGAGGUUCGAUUGGAGUUCCCUGCCAACCGUUACGACAACGGUGAGAUGGAGCGAUUCUUGGAAAACUUCAUGACCUCUCUCACCAGCAUUGUCACUAACCCCAGCCAAGCUCUUGACACUGUUCCCAUGUGUGGACCCAGUGAACUUGCUUGGUUGAGCGAGAACGUCUGGAACACUGGCUAUGUUCCCAACCCCUGGGGUAGCGCUAGUAUUUGCCAGAAGGUCAUUGAGCGUGCUUGGGCUGCGCCCAAUGCGGUCGCUCUCUCCGACUCUGCUCUUGAUAGCCUCACCUACUCGGAACUUGUCGAGCAGGUGCAGCGCGCAGCCGCUUGCCUUCUGGAUGCUGGUGUUACCAGCGGCGAUCGCGUUUGCUUGAUGCUGAAGCCUGGUAUCAGCGCUGUUGUGGGAAUGCUUGCGACCAUGUGGAUUCGUGGUUGCUAUGUCUACCUCAGCAAUGACUUCGCUCCUGAGCGAUUGGCUACUAUCAUCACUGACUCCGGUGCUAAGACCAUCCUCUUUGAGACUGAGGUUGAGCAUCUGGCUAAUCAGUUGGUUGAUGCGGUCUCCGCCGAUGAGGCUCACCCUGCUGUUGGCACUAUUAACAUUGCCGAGGCCAGACAGUUUGAUGGCAUGGCUUACCUUCGUCAACCCGAAGCUAGUGAUGUCUUGUACAUGGUUUACACCUCGGGUAGCACAGGUACCCCCAAGGGAGUGGUCAUCUCUCAGAGCAAUGCUCAGCAAAUGCUCUCAUCUCUUCACACCCUCUUUGAAUUCUCUAACAAGGAUCGAUUCCUGCAGCAGACUUCUCUUGCAUUCGACAUCUCCUUUGUGCAGGUCUUCUCUGCUCUGUGCUCUGGUGCUCAGGUUUGCAUUGCUGAGGCUGGCAUGCGCAAGGACCCAGUCGCUCUUGCGAACUUCAUUCAGGAGCAGUCUAUCACUGUGACCUACUUCACUCCUACUCACUUUGCCCUUCUGCUUGAGCACAACUCCAAGGCUCUGCGCGAAUGCCAGCAAUACCGUGUUGCCUUGUUCGCCGGUGAGCGUCUGCCAGCUCGUUUGGCUCGGGCUUUCUAUGACCUCGCUAUCCCAGCCACUAUGUACAACGGCUGGGGCCCUAGUGAGCCGGUCGUUCAGACUACUUUCCACAAGAUCGAGGCCUCCUCCUUACCUGGCCUCGUCAGUGUUCCUAUCGGUACCCCAUUGGCCAACUGCCGUCACUAUGUGAUUGACAGCGCACUCAACCCCCUGCCAGCUGGUCUGGUUGGAGAAAUGUGUGUGACUGGUCCUCAGGUUGGUCUUGGAUACCGCAACCGCCCCGAAGCCACUGCCAAGGCCUUCAUUCAGAGCCCAUUUGCCUCUGAGAAGGACAAAGAGCGUGGCUGGACUACCAUGUACCGCACUGGUGACAAGGGUCGCUUCUUAGUCGGCGGUGCCCUGGAGUUCCACGGACGUGUUGAGGGUGACAAGCAGAUCAAGCUGCGAGGAUUCCGAAUUGACCUCGGUGAGGUUGAGGAAGCCAUGUUCCAGCGCUCCAUGGAUGGCUCUGGCCAAGGCAUUGUUGAUAUCAGCAUUGUCGCGAGAACAGUUGACGAGACAGCUGACUCGCUUUCCUCUCUGACUGAUGAUCGUCAGAUGAUCGCUUUCAUUGUUCCCAAGGUCGAGCUGAAGGAUACCCAGAGCAAGACUGACUACGCUACCUUCCUUCACCAGGUCGUUGAGCCUGUGCUCAACUACUACAUGCUGCCCAAUGGAUACCAGUUCUUGGAGGAACUUCCCACUACUGUUGGUGGCAAGGUUGACCGCAUGGCUCUUAUGCGCAUGACGCUCUCUCUGGUUCACCCCUCUGUUGCUCCCAAGGCGACAGAAUCCUCUGGGACUAUUACUGCUGAUGCCGACACUAUCAAGGAUGUGACCAAGGUCAUGCGAUCCCUGAUUGGCAAGAAGAAGGUUAUCGCCCCGACCGACAACUUCUUCCACAUUGGUGGUCAGAGUGUUCUUCUUAUCCGACUGCAGUCCAAGUUGAAGAAGAAGUUCGGCAUCUCUCCUCCUCUUCAGGACCUUUUCAGUGACUGCACUCCCCAGGCUAUCGCAGACAACAUCUGCAAGCUCCGUGCUGGUGCUGAGGAUGCCGCCAACGGUAAGGUUUCCGCAAACUCGGUCAACUGGUCUCAGGAAGUGCUUCUUGCUCCUUCUCCCGAGUACUCCAACUUCAACCAGCGCCGACGUCUCCAGCGCAAUGAAGUCUCCAACAUCCUGCUCACUGGUGCUGAUACCUACAUUGGUAUUCAUAUGCUUUCUCAGCUGCUGAAUGCCCGCCCCAACACCACUCUCUACCUUCUCGGAACCACCAGCCCCGUCGAGGAAGAGGCUCUGAACGCCAACAUGGCCAAGUACGAGCUAUUCCGUGACGGAAUUACCGAAGAGACUCUUCGCUCUCGCGUCAAGUACGUUCCCGGCUGUCUGUCCGCUCCUAAGCUCGGUCUCUCCGACUCGGCUUUCUCUGAGCUCGCCACAACCACCCACGCGAUCUACAACAUCGGCGCCGAGGUUUCUCUCCUGAAGACCUACCACGACCUUCGGUCCGCCAACACCGAUGCUAUCCGCAGCAUCAUCACCCUUGCCAAUAGCAGCACCACCGGUCACAUCGCCGAGAUCCAUCAUCUCUCCACUUGGAGUGUCCUGCACAUGCAAACUUGGUACGAGACCACUCGCACCCGAACAGGAGUAAGCAUCGACGAGGAGAACGCCUCGCACUUCUCUCCCCCAGACACAAACACCCACGGAUACCUGAAGACCCGCUGGGUCGCCGAGAUGAUCCUCACCGAGGCCUCUCGCCGCGGACUCCCAGUCUCGAUCUACCGAUCCUCUGCUGUAUCCGGUAGUCUGGCCACCGGCGUCGCCGCGCCCAAGCUGGAUCUCAUCCACAACAUGAUCAUGAACAUGAUCCAAAGCCGCCGCGUUCCAGAUGUGUGGUCCAACCCUAACAAUAUCGGUGAAUUCGUUAUCGAUUUCAUCCCCGUCGAUAGUCUCACUUCCGCUAUCACCGGAAUCUCAUCUGAAGAAUCUCUCUUCAAGCCUGAACUCGAUAUCUACCACCUUGGUAGCUCUCGUCCCUUGCCUAUCCGAGAGCUUGGUCCUAUGAUCCUGGCUAUCCGUGAGGAACUUAAGGAGGCUCCGGAAGCUACACCGAUUAUUGAUGUUGAUGCUUGGUUGAAGGCUGCGAGAAAUAGCUCUUCCGAGCAACAGCACCUUUACUGGACUGUCGUUGAGGAUUAUAUGAAGAAUGGACACAGAAUGCUUGCGCUUGAUAACAAGCGCUCUGUUUCUGCACUUGAGAAGGUUGCGCCUGGUGCGCAGUUCCCGAAGAUUGAUGCGGAAUUCUUGAGGAGGAUGUGGACCAGUCAGGCUAAUGGUCACCAGUGA